UAACGAUUUAUUGGAAAUUCUCUGAUUCUUUUGGAAACUCGAUUAAAUGGGCCCUCAUAAUUUACGCCUGUGAAAUAUUAUUAGUUUACUCCUAAACUAAUAAUACGCCAAUACUUGAGGGACCAUUUUUGUUAUUUACCAAACUUAUGGAUAAGGGAAAAUCCAUCACUCUAUCACUCACCAUUCCAGUUGACAGAUAAACAAACCCACAAACAACAUAAGCAAAAACCAAAUCAACAAUCCAAUUCCAUGGCCACCAUUUUCUCACCUUCAGCCCUCUUUACCACCACCACCGGCGCCGCCGCAUCCUCCUCCUCCUCCUCCACCACCUCCUCCUCUACCACCCCUUCCAAAACAUCAUCUCUAACCAAACCCCACCUUCCCAUCCGAUCCACCACCAAACCACAAUUACCGAACUUAACUACCACAGCAUUAACCGCAACCGCGCUAGCUGCAGCCACCAUCAUAGCCACCACCACCACCAUCAUCCCUCCUGCCCUAUCUGCUGAAUCUUACGCCACAUAUUACGGCACUGCCGCCAGUGCCGCAAACUAUGGCGGCUAUGGUGGAAACUCCGACAAGAAACGAUCCGCUGAAUACAUUUACGACAUCCCAGAAGGAUGGAAAGAGCGGCUAGUAUCAAAAGUCGAAAAAGGAACCAAUGGAACCGAUAGCGAAUUCUACAACCCGAAAAAGAAGACCGAAAAAGAGUACCUGACGUUUCUCGGUGGGCUCCGGCAGUUAGCUCCAAAAGAAGCAGUUCUAAACAAUCUGGCGCUUUCGGAUGUGAAUUUGCAGGAUUUGAUUGCGAGUGCAGAUAGUGUGAGCUCGGAAGAGACCAAGGACGAGAACGGGCAGGUAUAUUAUGUAUACGAGAUCGAUAGCGCGAGCGCGCACAGCUUGAUCUCGGUUACGUGUGCCAGGAACAAGUUGUAUGCGCAUUUUGUGAUGGCACCUGCAGCAGAGUGGAAAAAGGACCAGGAGACGUUAAAGCACAUCCAUGAGUCUUUCAAGACUGUUGGAUAGAAAAGAGUUCAAUUUUUGAAAUUAAUAGCGGACCUCCGUGCGAAUGUGAUCAUGCAUACCCAUAAGUACAUUUGGCUUUGGAUGCAUCAAGUGUUUGUACCAUGCAUUAUUACUGUACUAAAUCUAAUGCAUGACAAAGUAAUAUAAAUGAUGUCUUCACUGCAUUCUUACUUCAGGAUAAAUGAUGAGUUCAAAUCAAGUCAUACUUCAUCAA